AACUCAGCGAAGCGAUCAGUCCGUUGUUUCUUUUGUGCCGUGCGGUUGUGUUGUUUGCAGUGGUUCGCCGCGUUGUGACUCGUUUUGUGCGUACGGUUUUACCACCUGCAGCUUAACCCAUCCUACCAACCACAACUUCCGAGGUCAUAUCUGCACCGUUCCGUCGUCGUCGAUUAGCGCGCCAUCAUGAAUCCGGCCAAUUCAUCGUCCAACGGGUCCGUUGGUGGCAGGGCAACAGCACUGUCCGGUAGCAAUCAUCAUCUGAACAGCCGCAAUUUCGACGGUGAAUCGUUGGACGGCGAACAGGCGCUGGCCAUCAUCCGGCGGAACCUGAAGUCGAGCGCGAUGGACACGGAAGGGACCCAUUUCGACUGCAACUGUCCGCACAUUUUCGUCGUUUUCGGCGCAUCGGGAGAUUUGGCUAGAAAGAAGAUUUAUCCUACCCUGUGGUGGUUGUUCCGCGACAAUCUGCUCCCUUCGGACACAAAAUUCAUUGGGUACGCUCGCAGCAAACUGUCAGUUGCUGAGCUGAAGGAGAAAUGCCGUCAGUACAUGAAGGUGAAGGAAGAUCAGGUGGAAAAGUUUGAAGAGUUUUGGUCGGUAAAUUUCUACGUUGCGGGCAGCUACGAUUCGCGGCGUGAUUUCGAGCUGCUCAACCAGGAAAUCAGCAAGUUCGAGGUAGGACGUGCAGCAAACCGGUUGUUCUAUCUGGCGUUGCCACCAUCCGUGUUCGAAUCAGUCACGGUACACAUCCGCAACACCUGCAUGGGCGCGAAGGGAUGGAAUCGUAUAAUUGUGGAGAAACCGUUCGGUCGUGAUGCGGAAAGUUCGAACGUGCUGAGCGUUCAUUUGGCGAAGCUAUUUACGGAGGAUCAGCUGUACCGUAUCGAUCACUACCUGGGGAAGGAGAUGGUCCAGAACCUGAUGACGAUACGGUUUGGCAAUCAGAUAUUUAGCCCCACCUGGAACAGGGCGCAUGUCGCUUCGGUACUGAUCACGUUUAAGGAACCGUUCGGCACGCAGGGCCGUGGUGGAUAUUUUGACGAUUUCGGCAUCAUACGCGAUGUGAUGCAGAACCAUCUGCUGCAGAUACUGUCGCUGGUGGCGAUGGAAAAACCGGCCACGUGCCAUCCGGACGACAUACGCAACGAGAAGGUGAAGGUGCUGAAAAGCAUCAAGGAGCUAGCGAUAGAGGACGUUGUGCUGGGGCAGUAUGUGGCGAACCCGACCGGUACGGAUGAGGAUUCGCUGAUGGGAUAUUUGGAUGAUCCGACCGUGCCGAAGGGUUCGGUAACGCCCACGUACGCGCUGGCCGUGCUGAAGAUCAACAACGAGCGGUGGGAUGGCGUACCGUUCAUUCUCCGCUGCGGUAAGGCGUUGAAUGAGCGCAAGGCGGAGGUACGCAUCCAGUACCACGAUGUGCCGGGCGAUAUCUUUGAUGGGAAACCGAAGCGUAACGAGCUGGUGAUUCGUGUGCAGCCCGGCGAAGCACUGUACGUGAAGAUGAUGACCAAAUCGCCCGGCAUUACGUUCGAUAUGGAGGAAACGGAGCUCGACCUAACGUACGGGCACCGGUACAAGGAUGUGGCGCUGCCGGAUGCGUACGAGCGGUUGAUACUGGACGUGUUCUGCGGUUCCCAGAUGCACUUCGUGCGUGCGGACGAGCUGAGCGAAGCCUGGCGCAUCUUUACACCGCUGCUGCACUACGUCGAGCGGGAACGGCCGGAACCGAUCAAAUACAUAUACGGCUCGCGCGGACCGAAAGAGGCGGACCGGAAGUGUGAUGAGAAUAAUUUCAAGUACUACGGUUCGUACAAGUGGCACCAGAAGCAUUGAGCCGGGCGGGAGUGCACAUGCCAGCAUGGCGAGGAAAGUGCGUUUAAGCUUCGAAUUUAAGCGAAUAGUUUCGUAGGAAGGAUUGUUAUUUAUUUAUACACUGAACGCUAGGCAUUCUUCACCCAACCAUCAACUAUUACAACUACUAUUACUACUACUACUACUACUACUACUGCUGCUAAUUAUUCCUGUGGUUUGUUGUUAACUCAUUUCGGAAGCUCUAAAGGUAAAGUAAGGCAUUUUUGGAACAGUUUUUUUUUAUAAUAAAAACAAUUUAUCCUCAACAAGGAAA